CUCGGUGUAAACAGGAAGAACCGACUGAAAACCAGGGCAAAUCUACCAUAAAGAGAAGAAAAUGAUCGGACAAAAACUAACUAACGGCUUGUUUUUCCUUGUAUAUUAACCAGCAUUAAUGUUGUCCUUUACCAGCCGAUGGUAAUUUCGAUUACAUCUCGUAGAAGCAGUUGCUAAUAUUUCGUGAAUUUUGAUAGACUCGUUAAUACCGUACGCUAGCUAACGUUAGACAGACACUGACGCGAUUUAUUUCCUCCGGGUUUUGCUCGGCGAAUUUGUCUGCUAAACAGACAUUACCGGCGUUAAAAAUAGCUCAGCCUUUUCUCAAUUUAUCUGAAUUUACUGACUUAACACCGUGGGAAAUUUCUAACAAUGGUUCAGAAAGAUAAAACGCUGGAGACGCCUCAAGUGGACGGUGAGCCGAGCCCCAGCCCAGUCUCCGGAGAGGCUUGUGCCGAGGCCCCUGGCCCGGCUGAAGAGUCCGGCAUCGGAGCCGAACCGACCGGCCACAGAAAAUUCAUCAGUGGUGUCGUGGAAGGCUUUUAUGGUCGACCAUGGACAAUGGAACAGAGGAAAGAGUUGUUCAGAAGGCAGCAGAAAUGGGGGCUGAAUACUUACCUUUAUGCACCCAAAGAUGACUACAAACACAGAAUGUUCUGGAGAGAGCUGUACUCAGUGGAAGAAGCAGAGCAACUCAUGACUUUAAUUGGUGCUGCUAAGGAGCAUGGGAUAGAGUUCAUCUAUGCCAUUUCCCCUGGACUGGACAUCACCUUUUCCAAUCAGAAAGAGGUUUCUGCACUCAAGAGGAAACUCGAUCAGGUUUCUCACUUUGGCUGCAAGUCAUUUGCCUUACUUUUUGAUGAUAUUGACCACAACAUGUGCCCUGCUGACAAAGAGGUGUUCAGCUCAUUUGCACACGCUCAGGUUACCAUUACCAACGAAAUCUACCAGUACCUGGGAGAGCCCGAAACCUUCCUCUUCUGUCCCACCGAGUACUGUGGAACAUUCUGCUACCCAAAUGUUGCUCAGUCCCCCUACCUCCACACAGUAGGAGAGAAGCUACUGCCGGGCAUUGAAGUGCUAUGGACAGGCCCCAAGGUGGUGUCCAAAGAUAUCUCAGUGGAGUCAAUUGAGGAGGUGUCAAAAAUCCUAAGAAGAGCCCCUGUAAUCUGGGACAACAUUCACGCCAAUGACUAUGACCAGAAGAGGCUUUUCCUUGGUCCAUACAAGGGCCGCUCCACAGAGCUCAUCCCCAGGCUGAAGGGAGUCCUCACCAACCCUAACUGCGAGUUUGAGUCCAACUUUGUAGCAAUCCACACUCUGGCCACCUGGUACAAGUCUAAUAUGAAUGGGGUGCGCAAGGAUGUGGUCAUGACGGAUGGCGAGGACAGCACAGUGUCCAUCCAAAUCAAGUUAGAGAAUGAAGGCAGUGAUGAAGAACUGGAGACAGACAUGCUCUACAGCCCGCAGCUCGCUCUGAAACUGGCUCUCACAGAAUGGCUCGGGGACUUUGUUGUGCCUCAUCAAUACAACAGCCGACAGGUGCCUCAGAGCGGUGCCAAAAGCACAGCCAUCGACGUGUCUUCCAUGGCUGCUCCCUCGCUCUGCUCUUCCACAACAGUCACAACUGUGUUCCAGCAGCCCAUCAUGUCUCCAGCCAUGCCGCCUCUCUGUCUGGAUCCACUCUCUCACCCCAUGGCAAAAAGGCCUCAGGAGGAAGAGGAGGUGGAGGUGGAGAAGAAGGAUUCAGAUGAGGAGCCCAUGGAGAUGGUGGAUGAGAAGCUGGAUGAGCCAGAGCCAGAAGCAGUAGCCGACACAGAGGAGAAGCAAGUUGGUCCUAUCUUAGCCGACAAGAUGGCUGAGGACCUGAAGCCCAUGGAUACAGACAAGGAGAGUCUCACAGAGUCAAAGUCCCCUGAAGAGUCUAUCCAGGAGGAUCCUGGUAGUGAUAUCGCUCCUAUGCAGACAGACGAUCAGCUCAAGCAGGUGCAGCAAACAUUCGAUUUGUUUGUGCCUGGGCCCAACGAGAAGCCCCUGUUCACAGCAGAGCCCGUCACACUUGAGGACCUGUGCUUGCUGGCAGAGCUCUUCUACCUGCCUUACGAACAUGGACCCAAGGCCAUGCAGAUGUUAAAGGAGUUCAACUGGCUGAGAGCCAACAGCAGCGUCGUCAGUGUCAACUGCAAGAGGAAGGAAACUGAGAAGGUGGCAGAAUGGCAAGCAAGGGCAGAGAAGUUUGAGGAGAUGUGCUGCUCCGUCAUCCAGAUGUUCACCCGGCUUUCCAACUCAGCUAACCGCACCAUCCUGUACGACCUCUACCCGUACAUCUGGGACAUCAAGAGCAUCAUUUCUAUGGUCAAGUCUUUUGUCCAGUGGCUCGAUGGAAGAAUCCACAGUACAAGUUUCUACUGCUAUUGGAUCGACAGUGGCCGAUGGUGUCGUAGUCAGUCCUCAGCACAGUUCCUUAGAGGAGACCAAGAACCCUGGGCCUUUAGGGGAGGUCUAGCAGGAGAGUUCCAGAGAUUGUUGCCAAUAGAUGGGGCAAACGAUCUUUUCUACCAGCCUCCACCUUCAUUGCCAACCUCCAAAAUCUAUUCCAUAAGGCCGUACUAUCCCAAAGAUGAGACUGCAAUUUAUAAAAUCUGUAAAGAAAUGUACUCCGAAGGAAUGGAGGGCGUACCAGUCUCUGAUGAGGAUCCUGACCUCAUAGGAGACAGGUUGGUAGGAGGUCUCCUGACACUGAGUUCAGACUACGGGUUCGUGCUGGAGGACGAAGAAGGGAUCUGCGGUUACGCUCUUGGAACUGUGGAUGUCAAGCCCUUUGUCAAGAAAUGCAAGUUGAACUGGAUUCCCUUCAUGCAAGAGAAAUACCUCAAACCUGACUGUGAGAAGGACCUCACAGAGGCUGAAAAGAUGAUGCUGAGUUUCCACGAAGAGGAGGAGGGUCUUCCAGACUCUUUCCUCUCCAACUUCCCCUCUCUCAUCAAGGUUGAUAUUCACGCAAAGGUCACUGACCCCAGUGUGGCCAAAAGCAUGAUGGGAUGCCUUCUAUCUUCUCUUAAGGCCAACGGCUCCUUGGGUGCGUUCUGUAAGGUUCGUCAGACUGAUAAGAGAAUGUUGGACUUCUAUAGUAAGCUGGGAUGCUUCGAAGUGGCCAAAAUGGAGGGCUUUCCCAAAGAUGUCAUCAUUAUGGGACGCAGCCUAUGAAGAAACGUCCUGCUCCGAUAACAGACAGAGAGAGAGCAAGUCAACGUGUGGCAUAAACAAGUUUGCUACAUUAAUGAGGAAAAAAAAAAACUUCCAUGAUGAUUUUAUACUACAUUACCAUCUGGGCUAGCCCCGGGAAACCUCUUUUUAGGAUUUGUGUACAGAAGCACAGCAGUCGCACACACAGAUUUCCUGCUCUGCCCUUAGAUGUUAUGGCUCUGUCGGAUUCAGCAGAUUGGAAGCUAAAAGGCCGAAGAGCGAUCUGUAAUCAGUUGAUAUGAGCCAACAUGGAAGAGUGGCACUCCCGCAAUGAUUUGUGGGGUCCCACUACCCAUAUACCUCCAAGAGGCAGGAAGUAAUAACUCCAUAAGCCUUUUUUCUGAUUUAAUCCAGUAGCCAUUACAUGGAUAUUGCCCGCAUGCCCUGACGCAAAGUGUCUGUAUCUGAAAUGGAGGCAGAUUGUGAAAUGAGGGCAGCCUGUGUCUCAGCUAGUGUCUUACUACCCCUACAUCCUGCUUUCCCAGCUUUGAAAGAGAAACAACGCAGCUGUCGACAUAAGUAGGACACCUUUAUACAGGAUGCGAGGUGCUAUGUGAGAGUUUGCCUUUCAUCGUCACUUCAUGGUAUUUUCAGUUGCACACAGUAGACUUGGAAAAGGAGGCCUUUCAAGCAGCGUGCCUCUAUCAAAAAGUGAUGUGAGAUGUUGAGUCUGCACACAUGAAGGGUGUAAAAGUGUAGCUUUUGGGGCUCGUCAAUAAGACCAGCCAGGGAAUAAUAUUCGUUGAGAUUGUUAAAAACUCAACAAGGAGGUUCCCCUGAAUUUCCAUUCAAGUAGUAAUAGACAUUUGGAGAGCAAUAUAAAAGCUUCCACGAGUUUACAAACAUGGUUCACAGCCUGUUCCUGUUCAGCGCUUUGCUUGUGGCCAUUUUUCUUUUUUCUUUUUUUUUUCAUAAUUCAGCUGUUUUUUGUUUUUUUGCUUAUUUCCCUUUGAGCUAUUGCCUUUUGGUUCAUUGCCUUUGGAUUUAGGUGUAUAUUGCAGACUCCAGUGUCUUCUGCGUAAAGGCUCUCUAACCUGUAUUAGUCAGAUACAGCAGGAACAUGGUGAUUUCAAGACAUUGGAUUUGUUGUUGCUCGAUUUUCAGAGAUGUAUCCUGACAUUGAAAGUCACAUGUCUUAAUUUUGCCCUACCAGACCCAUGCAUUAUACUUCAGACAGGGGUAUCACUGUCAGAGGAAGUUCCAACUCUCGUGUUAAGUUAUGUCAAGUUAAUUUAAGUAGUUACUUAAUGCACUCAAAUCAACAUUUUCUUAUAGCAGUACCCAGUGGGACCAAAUCUUGACAUUCUGAUCUGCUAUUGAGUAGAAAAAUGUAACAUUUGACUGGCAUCGACGUCGGAGUUAAACUAAAACUUGGAAGCAUUAACCCUCCCACUGUCUGCUCAGUUUUCUCUUAACCACUAAUUCCAAACCUGACUUGUGAAGCACCAGCUGAUCUGGGCUCUGUUCAGGAGGUGAGCUGUGCUAAAAAGCUAGCUUGUGCUCAUCACUGGUAAAAGAAAAUAAUCAGUUUACAUCUGACAGCUUGCAUCCCUCCCUGCGUCGCAUACUCUCAAGUGAAUGUCUUCUCAGUCGAGCCUUGGUGAGCGCUCCUCCAUCACCAAAGCGGUGCUGACUCCCACGCUGUAAGGCUGUAGCCGUGGGGGCAUGGAGCAGAAAUUCCUCGGGCCUUUUCCUAUCUGUCCAUUGAAUGUUUUAUAUUCUGCCGCAUUUCCCAUUUGUUUUUGUAAAUCUGUGUAGUUGAUAAAAAUAAAAGCACUUGGUCUAAUA